UACUAAUAGAAAUUAUUGAUUGGAAAAACAAUGCUUGAAUCAAUUUUAGUUAAUUCUUUUCCUUGGAGUCUUGUAUUUGUUAACACCAUUUAAAGGCUUUACCACAUUCUUUUUAAUUUUCCCUUCUUUAUACAUGUCUUCUCUGUCUCUAUUGUCUCUCUGGUCUGAUCGGGAAUUUCGAUUCGGAUAAGACCGAUGUCUUUGUUUUUGGAUAAGAAUUUGGCAUAAAGAUCCAACUUUUGUUUCUGGGAAAAUUCAAAUGAAGAGGCUUUCUGGUUUUAUUUACAAGGGGAUGGUUUCAGAUUUGUGAAUUUGGAGUUGGUUUAGAGGUAGAACAAAAAGGUGGGACAUUUUUUUCCUUUUGAAAGAAACUGUGGUGAAAGUUUGAAAUUUUACAAAUUGGUGAAUUUGGGGUUUGGUGAUUGAUUGAAGGAAAAGGUAGCAAAAAAGUGAGAAAAAAAGCUGAUAACAAAGAUCAAAGCAAAGAAGUAGAAGCGGCAAGAAUGGCGACGCCUGUGGAGCCACCGAAUGGGGUGAAGCCAAUAGGGAAGCAUUACUAUUCAAUAUGGCAAAUCCUUUUCGAGAUUGACACAAAGUAUGUUCCGAUUAAGCCUAUAGGGAGAGGAUCAUACGGUGUUGUUUGCUCGUCGAUCAACAGGGAAACCAACGAGAAAGUGGCCAUAAAGAAGAUCAGCAACGUGUUCGGGAACCGAGUUGAUGGGUUGAGAACUCUGAGGGAGUUGAAACUUCUCAGACACAUUCGACACGAGAACGUGAUUGCCUUGAAAGACAUUAUGAUACCUGCUUCCAGAACCAGUUUUAAGGAUGUUUAUUUGGUUUACGAGCUUAUGGACACCGAUUUGCUCCAGAUUAUCAAGUCUCCUCAGCCACUUUCUAAUGAUCAUUGCAAGUAUUUUGUUUUUCAGCUUCUACGAGGGCUGAAGUACCUGCACUCAGCAAACAUCCUUCAUCGAGACUUAAAGCCAGGGAACCUUCUCAUCAAUGCUAAUUGUGAUCUGAAAAUAUGUGAUUUCGGGCUGGCCCGAACCAGCAUAGGCAAUGAACAAUUCAUGACAGAGUAUGUUGUCACCCGGUGGUACCGUUCACCUGAGCUCUUACUGUGUUGUGACAAUUAUGGGACCUCCAUUGAUGUUUGGUCUGUAGGAUGCAUCUUCGCUGAGAUUCUUGGCCGGCAACCUAUCUUUCCCGGGACAGAAUGCCUCAACCAGCUUAAGUUAAUUAUCGAUGUUCUUGGUAGUCCGCAAGAGGCUGAUCUUGAGUUUAUAGAUAAUCCCAAAGCCAGAAGAUACAUCAAGUCACUUCCUUACACUAGGGGCAUCCAUUUUUCGCGUUUAUAUCCUCAAGCCGAUCCAUCAGCCAUAGAUUUGUUGCAAAAGAUGCUAAUUUUUGACCCAUCUAAGAGAAUCACUGUCACAGAAGCUCUCCAACAUCCUUACAUGUCAGCGCUAUACGAUCCAAGCUGCAAUCCGCCAGCCCAAGUCCCAAUUAAUCUCGACAUUGAUGAAAAAAACAUGGGAGAACAGAUGAUUAGGGAAAUGAUGCUGAGUGAGAUGCUUCACUACCACCCAGAGGCUGCAUCUACCAAAGGUUACAUGAAAUUGUAUUAGCUUUGCUUGGUUCAGAUACUUUGCCAUGAUCUGCUUUCGACAUAGACAUUGUUAUCGGGAAUUCUCCUUUGGACCUCACCAUUUUUGCCAAGAUUUUGUCUUAACAGCUUGUUUAUUAGUUCAGCUUCAUCGUCGUGUAACUUGUAAAUAAUAUGGUAUUGUUUUUA